UAAAAGCAUAGGAAUCUGUUCCACCGCCUGGCGAGGCCCCCGAAGAUCAAUCCCCCGAUCGAAAAUCUCCGCCUCGCACCCGAGACCUCGAGCAGGCGCCCAGUGGCCCGACAAGGAGAAUGACUCCGCGGGCGCCAACUCCCCCUCGAAGCGCGCGCCGCUGCUGAACGCCUGCUCGCCGGGCGCCGCUGGCGACCGCCGCCGCCCGGCGGCGGAGCGGGACGUGCAGAGCACGCAGUGGCCCGCCACGUGCGAAGGCAGCCCGCCGCGGCCCCUCAAGCGGAUCCCGCUGGAGGUCUCGCAGGUGCGGCGGGCGCCCCGGGGGGCCACGCCGGCCUCGCCGACGCCGCCGACCACGCCCCCUCGCGAGGCGCUGGCGCAGCAGCGCGCGCCAGCCGAGGUGAGCGCGCAGUCGCGGCCGGCCGCGGACUUCAGUGAGCAGCUGCCCGUCGUGCCUCGGGCGCGGCCGCAGGCGCAGGCGACCUGGGCCGAGCCGACCGCGCAGAUGCAGCCGCAGCCGCCAGCGGGCCCCGAGCAGCUGCUGGGCCCAGGUGGCGCGCUGGGUUCCGAGGCGCAGGGCGGCGGCGGGCCGCGGCCCCCCAGCGGCGCCGAGGCCGCUGGAGGCGAGCCGCCGGACGCCGCUCUGGGCCCCGCCUCCAGGGCGGGAUGGCCGACGUGGAUCCCGGAGGCCCCGCCGCUGGGCUCUCCAAGGUACGUUGCGGCGUCCCACGCUGAUGCGGCCAUGGAGCCAGCCCGCUACUGCGGAGAGGCCCCCGCGGACGCGGAGUGGAUCUCGCGGCUGCCGGACGCGGGCUCGGAGGUGGAGCAGCUGCGACGCAGGUUCUCGGCGCUGAGCGGCGCUCUGCAGAGGAGCAACUCGGCCCACUCGGAGCUGCAGGGGCUGCUCGGGCGGGCCCUCGAUCGCUGCGACGCGCUGCAACUGGAGGGGGCAGAGGCUAGUCAGGCCAGCGACCUGCACCACCAAAGGUGGCGCACCGCCGGCCAGGAGCUGGAAGAGCUGCGGGCCGAGGAGGCCAGGGCCAGAGACGGCAGGGAAGCCGACCGGCGAUCCUCCGCGCAGGCGCGCCAGCUGCUGCAGGGCCAGCUGGACGAGCUACGGGCGGAGCGGGCGGAGUCGAGGGAGGCCAGGGAGGCCGACCGGCUGGAGUGCCAGGCCUUGAGGCGCAGGCUCGGCGAGCUGCAGGCCGAGGAGUCGGCGUCGAGGCAGGCCAGGGAGGGCUUCCAGCGGAGGUGGCGUGCGCUCGAGGGGGAGCAGGGCGAGCUGGAGCGGGUCUGCGAGCGGCUACGCGCGGCGCGAUCGGAGGCCGAGCGGGCGCGCGACCGAAACCACGAGGAGCUGGCGGCCGGCCGCCGGGAAGGCGAGGCGCUGCGGCUGAGGUGCGGCGCGCUGCAGGCCGAGGAGGCCGAGGAGAGCCAGCAGCGCCGCGCCGCGGGGCGCGAGCGCGACGAGCUGCAGCAGCGGUGUGCCGAGCUCUGGGCCGCGGGCCGGGACGCGCUGCAGGCCCGCGACGAGCACUACCAGAAGCUGCGCGGCGUCCGCCGGGAGCACCGGGCGAUGCUGGAGCAGCGCGACGCGCUCGUAGGAGAGGCCGUGGAGGUCCGCCGCAUGUGCGAGCAGCACCAGCAGCGGCGGCGCACCCUGGAGCGCGGGUACGAGGAGCUGCAGCGGGAGUGCGGCGAGCUGCAGGAGGCGAGGCGGGAGGCGGCGCAGGCCAGGGACGACCACCACCAGGACCUCCUCGUGUCCCGGCAGGAGCUCCAGUCCCUGCUGCAGCAGCACCGGGCCCUGCAGCUUGAGGAGCGCGAGUCGCAGGCGCUCCGUGGGCGCAGCAGGCAGAGGCGGGGCCUGCUGGAGGACGAGUGCGCCCAGCUGCAGCAGGAUCGCGUGAAGCUGCGGACGGAGUGCGGCGAAGCAGAGCAGUCCCAGCUGGACCAUCAGCACCGGCUGCGCGCCUUCAACGAGGAGCUCGCCGCGCUGCGGCACCAGCUGGAGGCCGCGCAACGCGAGGAGCAGCGGGCGAGCGGCCAGCGGGACGCGCACGCCGAGAGUUGGCGCUCCUGCGCGCGGGAGUGCGAGGAGCCGGCGUCGAGCACUGAGCGCGUGGCACUGCUCGCCCAGCGCCUGCAGUCGACACUGAUGGUGAUUGUUUUCUGAUUCGUUGUUUUGCCGAUCGGCGCGGGCCCU